AUGUCAUCGAGUGGAAAUGAUACUAAUCAAGAAAAAGAGAAAGCUUUGGAUGAAGAAUUCGGAGAAGAUAGUGUGGCCGUUCGAUUAAUAGAAGAUUAUUUGGAGGGAAAAAUAACAUCACUGAUUGAUUUAAGUCAGCUAUUGAAAGAUGAAGCUGGUUUGAUUAUUUCAAAAUCGACCCUCGCCAGGCGACUGAAGGGCAAGGUUAAUGUUAAAGUACGUCGUAAACGAGGUUAUCAUCAACGACGAUCUGGAGCAGACGAACUUGAUGAUGAAGAAGCAUAUACGUACAGUUACUCUUUAUCAAGAAAUUUAAAUGAAACAAUCGUCACAGUUCCGAUUGACGAUGAAAAUGUCCGACAAUAUGCUCUGGUUCGAGUUGCGGGAGAUGGCAGAAAGCGCUAUUAUCGAUGCAAUCAAUGCCUCAAAUUUCGUCGAAAUGACAAAAGUGCACCACAAGCAUAUCUGAUUAUGGAAAAUGGUCGUAUUGUGGGUACCAAACAUCAUCGACAUCAUCCGGACUGUAAACCAACCAAACGAAUCGAAGCAACGACAACCAGUUUGGAUCGUGCAAAUCGGAAAGACAUACGUAUCGGUCUUAAAACACCGAAAGCAGCAUAUGCUGAGGGUUUUUAUCGAGCAAUUGAUCUUGCGUCUACGGAGGGAUCUUCAAGUAACAAAUUGCCGAAAAUUUAUCCAUCAUGGAGCCGCGUACGCAAAUCAUAUUUUCGACAGAAUCGUUUAGGUAGAAUCGAUCGGGCGAAAAGUUUGUCAGCAGAUGGCUCACUUCGUCGUGGACAACGUCAUCCGGACGAGGUGAAUGGUCCUGUAUUGUAUACAUAUGGUGAAGAUGCUGACGGUCAGUACGUUGUGUUUGAAAGUGAAGAAAUACCUGAAGGCUAUGAACCCGUACCUGUCGAAGAACUGGAGGCUGCAGCUGAGGAUGUUGAACUUGAUAGUAACUGGACUGUUAGUGCAAAGGAAGAGAACGUAAAAAGUGAUUUACGUGGUUGGAAAGAAAAUAUUGAAAUGGAACAGAAAUGCUUACACAGAACUACUGAAAAUGAAGAAGAAGCUGAAGAACUUCAUCUCUUACCAACAGUUCCUGGCGAAGAAUCAUCAAUGAAGAAAGUUCGAACGCAAAACGAUGGAACGGAAGAACCUCAAGAAGCCAUGGAAACUGUUGGACAAUGUGUAAAUGAGAAUACAUCACUGGUUCACGAAUAUGUUCAUAACAAGUCGUUACUCGACCUGGUUGAUUAUACUACAAAAGAAGAAAGACGGCGAAUUUCACAGAAUUUAAUUGACGAAAUUCGUUCCAGUGCAAAUUUCAAACGUGUUAAGCCAACGAGGGGUUCUACAUUGGAAUUGGACGAAGAAUGUAAUAGUUGGUGCUAUAUGCCAUGUAAUGCGGAUGGAGAGAUCAUGGUUUACUCAUCAGAUAAAGUACACUUAAUUGAAAAUCUGGACGGAGAGACGGAGAUUGCCUACGAUCCUGACGUGGAGAUGAGCGAAAUUGUCAGAAGUUUAAAGCCGUACGGAAUUUUGUCAACGGAUUAUAUCUUGUGA